UCUCUCCUCUGUUUCAUUUCCUAGAUCUAUUCUCCUCUCAUCUCCUUUUUUUUUUUUUUUCUUCCUUUGUUUUUCUCUCUCUUUCUCACUCGUACUGUUUGUUUGACUUCAAGCUAUGAGUAAAGAAGAGUUUUUGAAGAUCCAGAAAUGUGUCUUGAAGGUGAACAUUCAUUGUGAUGGAUGCAAGCACAAGGUGAAGAAAAUCUUGCAGAAAAUCGAUGGGGUUUUUACAACCGAGAUAGAUGCAGAACAGGGGAAGGUCACAGUGACCGGAAAUGUAGAUGCCGCCGUACUAAUCAAGAAGCUGGCGAAGUCCGGCAAACAUGCAGAGAUUUGGGGUAGCCAACCGGCAAACAACAACAAAAACCAGCAAAACAACAUAGCUAAUCAGAUGAAGAACAUGCAAAUUGACAAUGCCAAAGGUGGCAACAACAAAGGCCAGAACCAGAAGGGCGGCGCUGCAGGCGGCGGCGGUGGAGGAGGAGGGAAUGGAAAUAACUUACCUAAAGGGGGACAUGUGCAGGGGUUGCAACCGUCACAGCUUCAGCAGCUACAAGCGAUGAAAGGGUUUCAAGAUCUGAAGCUUCCGCCUCAAUUUAAAGGCUUGAAAUUGGCCGUUAAAGAUCAGAACCCGAAUCUUUCUAAAGCUGGGAAGUUCAAUUUGCACGAGGAUGAUGAUCUGAGCGAUGAGGAUGAUCUUGAUGACUAUGAUGAUGAGGAUUAUGACGAUGAUGACGAGUUUGAUGAUGAUUUAGGUAAUCUUCAUCUCCCUCCAGCGAAUAAGAUGAAACCCAUCAUGGGAAAUGCCCAGAUUCCGAAAAUGAUGGUGAAUGGGAAUCAUCCGGCGGUGAUGAAUAGUCCAGGCGCCGGUGGAAAUGGUGGAGGUAACGGCAAGAAAGGCGGUGGAGCUGUACCGGUUCAGGUGAAUAACAACGCGAAGAAUGGGAACAACGGGGGAGGUAAAGGGAAUGGCGGUGGAGGUGGAGGUGGAGGUGGGAGCAACCAAAAACAGGGCAGUGGUGGAGGUGGAGGAAAAAACAACGGUGGCGGUGGCGGUGGCCAUGGCGGUGCUGGGGGAAAUAACAAAACCGGCCAUGGCGGUGGGAAUGGAAGCAAUAAUGGGAUGAACGGCGGUCAAAAGGCGGCCGGUGGGGCAAACGGAAUGGGCCAAGACCUACAGAGUUUGGUCGGUGCUCAUGGAUUGGGAAUGUCCAAUUUGAGUCAAAUGGGUCAAUUAGGUCAAAUGGGUGACCGGACGAUGGGUCAAAUGGGCAAUCUUUCGGCAGUACAAGGCCUUCCCGCCGCACCCCCAGCACCAACCAUGAACGGAAACGGCAACGGCGGUGGCGCCAGUAGGUUUUUGGCGGAAGGAAUGACGGGGAACCCUUACCAACAGCACCCACAGCAGUACAUGGCGCAGAUGAUGAACCAACAACAGCACCACGCCCUCGGGCACCAACCAAUGAUGUACGCACGGCCACCACCUGCAGUAAAUUACGUACCCCCGCCAUAUCCUUACCCAUAUCCACCACCGUACCACAACCCAUAUCCCCCAACGCAGCCAGAACCCUACACAUAUUUUAGCGACGAGAACCCUUCAAGUUGUAACAUCAUGUGAAACCACCAUAUCUCGCCGCCGUACGGCGGUUAUGCUGCCGGAAAUUCAGAUCAGAAUCUCCAUUAUACUCUUCUUCUACUAAGCUACUUGGGAAUGGUUAUCUCUUCUUAAUUUAGCCUUUCUCUAUCAUAUUUCACCCUCUUGAUUUUGCUUGUUUUUCUUUUUCCCUUUUUUUUCUUUUUUUUUUUUUUUUUUUUUUUUUUUUGGAAUUUGAAGCUGAAUUAGAGUCUUUAAUCAUAUCACUAAGACAAAAAGAAGAGUAAUUAUAGAUAAUUAUUAAAUUAAGGAACUAUGAAAAAAUGGUAGUGAGCUUUGCUUCUUUUUUUUCUUGGGACAUCAUGUUUAUAAGUGUUUAUAUGUUAUAUAAACAACAAUAAAAGAAAAUUGAGAUGGGGAUUGUAAAUUUCCAUUUCUUUGCUUUA